AUGUCUCGUGCAUAUGAUCAUGGUGAUCCGCGUAGCCAAAGUCUCAUCGGGGGAGAAGAUCAGCCGCAUCAAGGCUCAGGACCUGUCUACACCGAUCCAUAUGGCCCUAUUUCAAAUGUCCAAUCUCAAUCUCGGUAUGCUUCGAGUGAAACUCGAUACAACGCGCAAUACGGCACCCAAUUUACAGGUGCGCAGCAUGGAUACGUAAAAGCUCCACCAUAUCGUCCUUUCCCAAGUUCUGGUUACAGGUAUGCGAAUUCUUCAUCCUCUUCAUCUCAACGCGCAAUGCCAGCUCACCAAUCUCAACCUGUUUAUACUGGAAAACAUGUCGAAACAGCUCCAUAUAAGAAUUCUGUUGCGAAGCAUUCGCUUCCACUCCAACCUACGACAAUUGAUGCAACACACAUUCCACCUCCCUCCGCUGAGAUGUUAUCAAAUUACUACUUCUUAUCUUAUUGUUAUCAUGAAAGGGACGCGGUUUACAGUCUCAAUGCGCAUUUGAAGCCGAAUCAAGACUAUCCAAAAAACAUUAUUUUUGCCAGAACAGACAGACCCAGUGUAGGUGCAAGUGCGAGGUACAAUCAAGCGACUCAUAGGCCUGCGGAAUAUUAUGAGAGAAGGACAAGAUAA